AUAACAACACGCACACACGCUUUGUAGUUUUGUGUGACUGGGAAACCAAAACGGGUGCAUUCAACUUUCAACCCUUUUGCCAACUCCGAAAUUUCGCUUGUGCAAUAUGCUCGCUAGGCGGUUGCGACACAACCAAAGCUUGUUAUUCCCACUUCUCGGUGCUUCACGAGUUGCUGGCGAACAAUCAGCGGCAGCCUGCAGCGCAAGCAGCUCAGGGAGAGGCUUAGAAGCGGACGAGGGCUUGCCAUGGCUCCUUCGACUCCACAGGCAGCGCCAACUAAGCACGGGAGGGCCGCAGCCCGGCCCCGAGGACUCCGAAUGGGCGGAGGACCCGCAGCGCGCGGCAAUUCGGCUGACCGAUAAGCUAAGCCCUGCACAACGAGCAGUACUCGCAUCUACACUGACUGACCGGACAACGACCCAGCAGCUCGAUGAAAAGUAUUGGGAGGAGCUGUUCCGCGUACAUGAUGCGGAGGGCGACUCCAACCUGAGCAGGUCGGAGUUCCAGGCCGCUAUGAAGGCGCACCAGAGCCUCACGGAAAACCGGGCCAAGGUGCCGCCUAGCACCGCGGCGCUGCGCAUGGUGUUCCUUGCCGCCGCCAUUCCCUUUGUGGCCUUCGGGUUCCUGGACAAUGCAAUCAUGUUGGUGGCGGGCGAGGAGAUCGACCACAUGUUCGGGCUGCGGCUGGGCCUGUCCACGCUGGCAUCGGCGGGCCUUGGGAACGCCGUCGCGGACGUCAUCGGCGUGGGCGCCGCCAAGUACAUCGAGCAAGCGGUGCGGUGGCUGCCGUUCGUCAAGGAGCCCAAGCUGAACAAGUACCAGAACGCUAUGCCCGCCACGCAGCGGGCCAAGCUGGCGGGCGCCAUGCUGGGCGUGUUCUGUGGCUGCAUGCUGGGCCUGACGCCGCUGUUCCUGUCGGGCUCGUUCUUCACGGCCAGGUGAUGCUGCUGGUGGACCGGCCGCUGGGCACCGGCUUUACUUGGAUUAUAAGUUCGACAUGUGUGAAUUCGUAAGCAGGCACAGGAUCAAAUUAGUAGAUAUGAAGCAGAAUAACACGGCGGCGCAGCUGGUGCGUGCACAGCACACUCACGCUGAAAGAUCACGAUCGGGGCGAACGGUGUGGUGUGUGGGCGGGGGCUUGCAGAGGAACAAGGAGACGAACGGCCGGGAGACCCAAAGAGGUCGACCAGUGCUGAAUCUUGGUGUGUAAACUCUUAUUCAUUUGACGCUAUAAUUAGGAUGGUCAACAGCUAGACGGAGGCUUGAAGAACUAAUGAGGUUUGUGUCAGUAGGGGCCACGUGCCGUAGACCGGUGGUGGCGUGGCGUAGCGCGCCUGAAUGCUGUCUAGUUAGUAAUUCCAGGGACAGCGCACGGCAACCAUUGGUACUUUGGGCUUGGUGUACCACGCGUGCCACUUUGACUGUUGUGAGUAUGACAUGGUACUGCUUACUGAUGUGACGGGAUGGGGGAUGCAGGACUCAGGGCGUGCCACAGCCAAGGCAGGGCUUGACCGCUGCAGCACCGAUGAAUAAUAUACUGUCACGCUCUAUUUAUUACGGCUUAUGCGAGCGCCUGUUCAUAUUUUGACCGCGCACUUCUAGGUUUUUAUCGCGCGACUGGCUUUUAGCCCGUAAAGCCUUAAAUCAAGC